AGUCGGGUUGGAUUUGCCGUUGAGGGAGUUGAAGAUGAAGCUCCUUAAGGAUGAAAAGGUUUCGAUGCUUGUGCUUACAGCUGCUGGAGGAUGUGGGAAAACAACCUUGGCUAAAAAGUUUUGUCAAGAUCAAGAAGUCAAAGAUACAUUCAAGAACAAUAUCUUCUUUGUCAAUGUGUCGAAAAAGCCCAACUUGGACCUUAUUGUACAUGAACUAUAUCAACUGAAGGGGUUUGAGCCGCCUGUUUUCCAAAACGAAUUCAUGGCAGUUAACUGGUUGCAACAAUUUUUGAAGAAAGCAAGACACAAUCCUCUGUUGUUUGUCCUGGAUGACGUUUGGUCAGGAUCAGAGUCCCUUCUUGAUAAGUUUGAUCAAUUCAAGUUUUCAAAUUACAAAAUUUUGGUCACAUCAAGAUUUGCAUUUCCGAGAUUUGGUUCUCCAUACCAUUUGGCAUUAUUGAAUGAUGAGGAUGCAAUGGCUCUUUUUCACCAUUCAGCAUCCUCAGAGGAUAAGAGCUCUUAUACUUCCGAAGAUCUUUCAAGAAAGAUUAUGAAGCGCUGUAAGGGAUGGCCACUUGCCAUUGCAUUGGUCGGGAGGUCACUUCGCGGCCAGCCUUUAGAAAUCUGGCAGAAAAGAGUACUGGAAUGGAGCAAAGGUUCAUCUAUUCUUGAUACUGACAAGGAUUUGCUUGCUUGCCUCCAGAGCAGCUUAGAUGCCUUGGAUAAAGAAAAGACUAUGAUCAUGGAAUGUUUCCUCGAUCUAGGUUCAUUUCCCGAGGACCAAAGAAUCGCUGCUGCCACCCUCAUUGACAUGUGGGCGGAGUUAUAUGGUCUAGAAGAAGAAAUUCUGACCAUUGCCAACCUUCAUGGGCUCACCACCCGAAGUUUGGCAAACCUUGUUGUCACAAGGCGUGAGAGGGAGGCGGACGGCUAUUACACCGAAGACUUUGUCACCCAGCAUCACAUGCUUAGAGAGUUGGCGAUCCAUCAGGCGAUUCAAGACCCAAUAGAACAGAGGAAAAGGCUAGUUAUAAACAUAUGUGGGGACAACCUUCCUAAGUGGUUGACAGAACAAAAGUAUCAAGCGUCCAAGGCUCGACUAUUAUCUAUCUCAACAGAUGGAGCCUUCUCAGCAAAAUGGCCAAACAUGCAAGUACCUGAAGCAGAGGUUCUAGUUUUGAAUUUUCAAACAAAGAACUAUGCCUUACCUCAGUUCGUGGAGAAAAUGGAUAAACUAAAGGUUCUAAUAAUCACAAAUUACGGUUUGUCACCUGCUGGACUAGAUAAUUUUGAACUACUUGGUUCAUUAUCAAAUCUUAAGAGAAUUAGAUUAGAACGUAUUUCAAUUCCCACCAUAAGCAAGGUCCUCAAACCGUUGAAAAGUUUGCAAAAGAUAUCAUUUUUCAUGUGUGAUAUCGGUCAAGGUUUCAACAACUGUUCCAUUUCAAUCACAUCAGCAUUCCCGAAUCUUGAAGAAAUGAACAUCGACUUUUGCAGUGAUUUAAUUGAAUUGCCUUCCAAGCUUUGUGAUCUUAGUAAACUAAAGAAGCUCAGUAUUACUAACUGUCAUAAGCUAUCUGCCUUGCCUGAAGGGAUUGGAAAGUUGGAAAAUUUAGAAAUGUUGAGGCUAAGAUCCUGCACAGAACUGUCGAAGCUUCCAAUUUCGAUGAAGAACCUUGGAAAGGUAAAAUUUCUUGAUAUAUCUGAUUGCUUUGGCAUCAAGGUGUUGCCCAAAGACAUUGGUGAAAUGAGUGGUUUAAGAAAGAUCAAUAUGAGACAAUGCUCAAAGUUGCAAGAGCUGCCUCCAUCAGUCAUGGAUCUUGAGCAGUUAGAGGAAGUGGUCUGUGAUGAACAGACAAAAUGUUUAUGGGAAUCUUUCUUGUCGUGUCUCAACAACGUAAGGAUAAUUGUGGCGAAAGAGAAUAUCAACCCAAAUUGGCUCCAAAAGACUCAGUUCUGACACGUGUUUCCUCAAUGAACGUUGCUCUUAAACCUCUGUGUGGUUUGCGUUUUUUAUGGGACAUUUUAAACUAUGAUGUUUAGAAACCUUGGAUACUGUCCAGAAAAAUGGUUUGGUAGGAAACAAAGGAAAUGUUGUGAUCCAAAAUCAAGAAGGAUUUCAUGAUUUGGGUCAGUUCCUGAACCUCCAAUGUUACAGUUGGAUUGGAUGAGCCUUUGAGGGAGUUGAAGAAGAUGGGAAAACCACAUUGGCAAUGAAGUUAUGUCAAGAUGAGGAAGUCAAAGAUGGAAAGUUCUCAACGCAAUGGCGGAGUGUUCAUCUACCACAAGUUUUGAGGUUCUAGUUUUGAAUUUUAAGACAGAGAACAACGCCUUACCUGAAUUUGUGCAGAAAUUUGACAAACUGAAGUUUCUAAUGGUCACAAACUAUGGUUUAAAUCAGAUUAGAGUGCAUUUCAAUUCAUUCCAUAACCAAGAACUUCGUUGCAUUGAAGAGUAAAGAAGAUAUCUUUAUUCAUGUGUAACAUGGGUCAAGCUUUCCGCAAUUGUUCCAUCAAAAUUUCAGAUGCCUGGCCAGGUAUAGAGGAAAUGAAUAUAGACUAUUGCCAUGAUUAGGUGGAACUGCCUACCGAGCUCUAUGAUCUUGUUCAUAUGAAGAUGCACAAUAUCACCAACUGUCAUAAGCUAUCUGCCUUGCCUGAAGAGAUCGGAAAGCUGGAGAAUUUUGAAGUAUUGAGACUAAGGUCUUGUACAGACUUGGUAAGGCUUCCGGUCUCUAUUGAGAACCUCACUAAGUUGUGCUGUCUUGACAAGUAUAAUUUUUUCGGCAUUAAGAAAUUGACUGAAGGCAUUGGUAAUAUGAGCGGUUUAAGAAAGAUCAACAUGGGACAACGCUCAAGAUUGAAAGAAUUUCCUCUGUCAGUGUGGGAUCUUCACGAGCAGUUCGAGGAAGUGACUUUGUGAUGAAGAGAAGAAGCGUUUGUAAUCCUUCAUAGCCAGAGACAAAAUCAAGGUGGCAAAAGAAAAAACCAAUCUGAAUUGGCUCGAAAAGCCUUAGCUGUUAGACCUGUCUUUCCUCGAUAAAUGUUGGAGCAGCGUUUUUCUGAUUUGUGUUGCACUGUUUUCUUUAAUUUGUAUUUUCUUGUUGGAUUUUCUUGUUUGAUUUCGUUCUUAGUUCUGUCUAAUUUCUAAGUUUCAUCACAUCAAUUUGUAAUCAAAUUUUCUUGAGUCUUAAGAAA